CCCAGAAUCACACUGCGGACUGUUACAGUACCAGAACCCAACAAUCCUCCGGAUCAUUACCGAUCAGCUAUAGAUUAGUUAUUGAUUAGUCGGUGAGCAGGUAAUCGAUUAGGUGUGGUGGGUUUGAUUUGUCGGAGGGGAUGUCCCGUCUGCUGGAGAGCAGGAGACAGGACAGGAUGAAGGAAAUUAACCAGAAGAAUAAGGAGAAGGAGCGUCUGAAGGAGAGAGAGAAGGAGGCGAGAGAGAGGGAGGCCAGAUACAGCAACGGUCACCUGUUCACCUCCCUGACGGUGUCCUCCACUACCCUGUGCUCCUCCUGCAACAGGAGUAUCACGGCCAAGGAGGCACUCAGCUGCCCAGGCUGCAAUGUCACCAUCCAUAACCGCUGCAGAGACAGCCUGGCCAGCUGUGCCAAGAUGAAACAGAGGCAACAGAAGCUGGCGAUGGUCAGAAACAGUUCAGCUCUGCAGAACGUUGCCCUGCGGACCAAAACUCCAAUGAUGAAGGAGCGCCCAAGUUCGGCCAUCUAUCCCUCUGACAGUCUUCGUCAGUCCCUCCUCGGGUCCAGACGAGUUCGCUCCGGCCUCUCACUCGCUAAGAGUGUCUCCACCAAUAACAUUUCCGGUGGGACUGAGGACUCUGCAGGUCUCAGGAGAAUUCUGUCUCAGUCCACCGAGUCUUUAAACUUCAGGAGCAGAACUUUGUCCAUGGAGUCUCUCACUGAUGACGGUGAGUGGUGGUGGAGCCCCCUGUUGGAGGAGCUGCAGGUAGAGAGCAGCUGUGUUCAGGCUGACAGCUGGAGUCUGGCCGUGGAACCAAACUUCCUGCAGACACUUCACAAGGACCUGAUCAAACAACAGGAUGUCAUAUAUGAGCUGAUCCAGACGGAGUUCCACCACGUUCGGACUUUGCGGAUCAUGGAGGGGGUGUACCGGCGGGGGAUGCUGGAGGAGGUGAUGCUGGAGGCGGGUGUGGUUCACACCAUCUUCCCCUGUCUGGACCAGCUGCUAGAGCUCCACUCCAGCUUCCUGUCAGAGCUGCUGAACAGGAGGAAGGAGGGACUGAUGGAGGGCAGCUCGAACAACUUCACCGUCCGCAGCAUUGGAGACCUGCUACUCAGACAGUUUUCAGGUCAGUGUGCAGACGACAUGAAGAAACUUUACUCUGAGUUCUGCAGUCGACUCCCGAAAGCUGUGAAACUCUACAAAGAAGUUUUAACUCGAGACCGAAGACUGCAGCAGUUCAUCAGGCGUGUUUGUCGUGGUCCUCUGCUGCGUCGUCAUGGUGUCCAGGAGUGCAUCCUGCUCGUGACACAAAGAAUCACAAAGUACCCCGUCCUCAUCCAACGAAUCCUCGAUAACACCAAAGGAAGCGAGGAGGAGGCGCAGGCUCUGAGCCAGGCACUGCAGCUCCUGAAGGAGCUGAUCAGUUCGGUGGACAAGGAGGUGCUGGAGCUGGACCGUACUAGGAGGCUGCAGGAGAUCCAGGCCCGUCUGGACCCCCGGGCCCAGGCGGAGGUCCGGGGAGGAGGAGUGUUCAGAGGAGGAGAGCUGCUGAGGAGGAGACUUCUCCACGAGGGGAUGCUCCUCUGGAAGGUCCAGGGGUCCAGGAUGAAAGAUGUGCAGGUCCUGCUGAUGUCAGACAUCCUGGUUUUCCUUCAGGAGAAAGAUCAGAAGUUCACCUUCGCAUCACUGGACAAGUCUCCGGUGGUCUCUCUGACCAACCUGAUUGUCAGAGAUAUAGCCAAUCAGGAGCGAGGGAUGUACCUGAUCAGUGACUCCAGCCCUCCAGAGAUGUACGAGCUGCACACUUCGUCUAAAGACGACCGCCGGACCUGGAUGAAUCGGAUCCAGCAGGCUGCUCUCAGCUGUCCUUCCAGAGAUGAGUUUCCUCUCAUUGAGACUGAAGACAAAGCUUCACUGCGAAGACUCAGAGCUGAUAUCCAGCAGAAGGACAGGGAGGUGCUGGAGCUCCUGCAAGAGCGCGUGACCCUGUUUUCUGAUCUGGUGGAGGCAACAGGAAGAGGAGGAACAGAAGAAGAAGGACGUGUGGAGAUGAGCACCACCUCAACCAGGACCUCCUCCGGCUCAUCCCGCAGGAACCUGUUCAGGGCUGACACUCCUCACGCUCCUCAGGCCGAGCCGCUCCUCAACAGUGCCAUCACUGAAGUGGACAAACUGACGGAACUGCUGUUAGACUCCAACAUCCAGAGAUCCACUGUAACCAAUGGCAACCAGGAGCUGAGCAAUGGCGAAACUGGUUCUCUGAACGGUUCUUUUGAGUUGAAUGGCAGCUCCUCAAAGGACAGAAACGGUAACCAGCUGCAGGAACGAACUUUAAACAAGGAAGUCCGCCAACGACUGGUCAAUCUGAGCAUCCAGCUUCACGCCCUGCAGGCUGCUGUGAUUCGUCAGGACUCGAUCCUUGAGCUCUCAGUUAGUACAGGUCCUGCCCCUGGUCCCACCCCUGGCCCCCACCUCAGUCGGUCGAUGUCGCGGGACACGGGGCUGGAUGCUGGCGGGGAGGUGGUGCUGCUGCGGCGGCAGGUGGAGCUCCUGCAGGAGGAAAUAACCCGGCUGCAUCUGAGAGGCGAGGAGUCUGACAGGAAGGGGGCAGAGCCAGGUGGCAGGAGGAGGGCCAACGGAGAGAUCAGCGAUGUUAUCAAGGAGGAACAGAAGAUGAGCAAGAGGCGUGGCAGCAGGGAACUGGAGCCCCACCCCCUUGCCCCAUUGGCUAGUCAGGAUCCAGUCGACCAAUUAGAUGGCGUCCAGGAAGGAAACGAGGAGGAAGAGGAGGAAGUGAUGAAGAUCUCUCCUCGCUCUGACAGCCCCAGAGACCUGCAGGACAUUCCCGAGGAGAGCGAAUGUGGAGCUGAUCCCAGUUAACGUCAUCACACCUCCACCUGAUGACCUCAGGGACUCUGCUGAUGUCACUGUGAUGUCACUGGCUGAUCAGUCACUGUCAGCUGGAGAUGAUGUCAUUCCCUGUUUUACAAAUGCUUUUGAUCUCAGCUGUUGUACUUUUCUGAAUGUUGCUUAGGUUAGAAACAGUUAGUAUCAACAUGUGACCUGUUGACAUCAUCAGAUCAGCUGGAGCCCCGCCCACAUGCGCUAUGAUGGGUGGGGCUCAUGAAAUGGGGUGGGGUUACUGAGUUUCACAGGGUCUGUUGGGAUGGGGGUUUCCAGCUCCUACAGUAAAUCAGUCUCAGUCUGCUUCAGACAAGCAGUUCACACAGCGUGUUUCUGUUAGUCCUGAAUGUCCACUCUGUGUCUGAGGGUUAAAUCCUGCUGCUGACCUCUACAGCGUCCCUGACUCUCUGUGUCUCUGACUCUGAGUCUGAUUCUCUGAGUCUGUGUCUUUGAGUCUCUAAGUCUGAGUCUCUCAGUCUCUGAUUCUGUCUCUAAGUCGGAGUCUCUGAGUCUGAGUCUCGGAGUCACUGUGAUGUGGUGUAAAUAUGAAGAUAAGUUGGUUUUCCUGCAUUCUGACAUUAAAAUUCAUUGUUCAGUCCCGUUUAACCCAGGUUAAGUUUGAGUUAAAUGUGGACAAAUUCAAAAAGAUCAAGUAUAUAGAUUUUAUUUAGAUUUAUUAUUUUAUUAUUGAUCAGAAUUUGUGGUUAAAAAUCACACAUCAAACUUUGUGUCAAAGCCGAAGUUAAAUUCAGUUUCCUCUUAAGGAAAAAAAUCUGUUUCUCUUUCUUACAUUUGUAAUAUUUUACUUUUCGUCACUUUCUCACCUCUACACAUCUGACCAAUCACAGAGUGUCAGGACUUUUACAGUUGCUUUGUUUGAAGCAGGCUGAUUGAAACUCAAACAUGAGACACACACUACAUUACCUGGAAUUCCUUUGGAUAUCUACAGCUGCAGUCGUAACAUGCUGUGUUCACUUUAGUUGCUGUAUGAGGGACAGUCCUGGUUCAUUUAGACUCUGUAUGGCAGGGGGAGGGGGGUUAAUCUGAUAUAGCAUCACUUGUCUGUUGAAACUCGGGGGGGGGUUAUAAUCUGUUUUAAUCUGUGUAGUAAACACAGUGUUCUACCGAUGAUAAGGACAGACGGCCUCAGUAUAAACUGUAUUUAUAUGGUAAUUUAAGACUAAAACUAGUUCAACAGUAGAAACAUUAGAUUGUGUUGGACUUUCUUAUCAGAGUAGUGAGUAAUAAACAAAUCUGCGUUUGUGUUUCUGUAAAAUGUGAAACCAAAAAUCUUGUUUUGAAAUUUGGGAACAAAGUAUAACCUUACAAGUUUCCAUAAAUCUGAUAGAUGUUUUUAAAUGUACGACUUCAUGUUUCACAGCAUCAAAACUAAAUAGGAUCAGUGCAAAGAGCUGUGAGGACAGAGAAUUUAAAGUUCGUUCACACUGAACAUGAAGUGGAUUUUUACUUCACACAGUUUACUGUGUCUAUAUGUGUUGGUGACGCCCCAGGUAAACUCUCAGGUGAAUAUUCAUGUGCAUCUAAACUUCACCUUUAGACUCAUUAUUAUCCUCCACCAGUCUGAACUGGAGGAGGGGAAUUUACUACA